AUGAGGUGUCUUCUUGUUAUUCUUGUGACUCUUCUCGCUGUGCUCCACGUGGCAAGUGCUCAAUUUUUCCUGUAUUCUACAAUCCUCCCAUUUCCAGGGGCCUUUAAUGGAGUACCACUGAACGGUGGUGGUAUGGGAAUCAUUGGCGCACAGUAUGGUAGCGGAGGCCCCCAAUAUGGCGUCAAUGGAGUUGGAUCUAAUGGUGACGGUGCGCUAUGGGGACGACGACGAAUGAUGAGUGGAAUGAUGAAUCCGUAUAUGGGAAUGAUGUAUGGGAGAAGAUGA